AUGGUUCCCAAAUUCGAACUUUUUGAUGUUUUGAAUGGAAAAUUUUCCCAAUUUUAUAUACCUGAACGCGAUGUCACUAUAGAUGAAAAUCUCAUGUUGUAUAAAGGACGCCUUGGGUGGAAGCAGUAUAUUCCUCUAAAAAGAGCCCGUCUUGGAAUAAAAUUUUAUUUACUUUGCGAAUCAAGUUCUGGGUAUUUGUUUUCAUGCAUUAUACCGGGUGUCCCAGGCAGAUAUUGUGCUGUGUGUUGCAAGAAAAGGGACGCAAAUGGGAAGAAAAGAAGAAAGGAAACAAGAUUUUAUUGUCGAUCAUGUGACGUUGGUUUAUGUGCUGUGCCUUGCUUUAUGCUCUAUCAGACCCAACAAAAUUACUAG